ACAGUGGUGGUAUAUAAACUUUCUGUACGGAGGCCGGUUCCCAUUUUUCCUGCUUAUUGGGGUGAGGAUGGAGUUUGUCUUUGCCUUUCUCUGGGUGCUGCUGGCUCUCUCCGGCCCGGACCAGGUCGAGUCCUCCGCUUACGACAAGAUUGUCACCCACAGCCGCAUCCGUGCAAAGGAGAAGGGACCCAAUAUGUGUGCCCUCCAGCAGAUAAUGGGCACCAAAAAGAAAUAUUUCAGCACCUGCCGGAACUGGUACCAGGGCUCAAUCUGUGGGAAGAAGGCGACGGUGCUGUACGAGUGCUGCCCCGGGUACAUGGUGAUGGAGGGCGUGCAGGGAUGCCCUGCCGCGGUCCCCAUUGACCAUGUUUAUGGCACUCUGGGUCUUGUGAAGGCCACAGCUACUCAGGAGUAUGCAAAGAUCUCCAAGCUGAAGGAGGAGAUCGAGGGCCCAGGGUCAUACACGAUGUUUGCCCCCAGCAACGAUGCCUGGGACCUUCUAGAACCUGACUUAAGAAACGCCCUGGUGAGCAACAUAAACAUUGAGUUGUACAACGCCCUCCGUUACCACAUGGCAAACGGCCGACUCCUGACCAAGGACCUCAGGAAUGGCCUGAAGAUCUCCUCAGCGUACAACGGCCAGAGUCUUUAUGUCAACCACUAUUCCAACGGGGUUGUAACCAUAAACUGUGCCAGGAUUGUCCAUGGCAAUCAGGUGGCCACAAAUGGGGUGGUGCAUGUCAUUGACCGUGUCAUUUCCUCUGUAAGCAACACCAUCAAGGAGGUCAUUGAAGACGAUGAUGACCUCUCAUCUCUGAGUGCUGUGGCAUUAGCAUCUGGAAUGUUGGACACGUUGGGACAGUCUGGACACUUUACACUCUUUGCUCCUACUAACAAAGCCUUUGAGAAGCUGGACCGAGGCGCGCUGACAAGGAUCAUGAACAACAAGAGCGUUGUAGAAGCGCUGAUGAAAUUCCACCUUCUGGACACAAUGCUGUGUUCUGAAGCCAUUAUGUUCGGCACCUCCUACGAGACAAUGGAGGGUCACAACAUCGAGAUCGGCUGUGAUGGCGAGAGCCUGACCAUCAACGGUAUAAAGAUGGUGCUGAAGAAGGACAUCGUCACCACCAAUGGUGUCAUCUACCUGAUUGAUCAGGUGCUCAUGCCUGAUUCAGCUAAGCUGGUGAUAGAGCUGAUUGGUCAAUCCCAGAGCGUCUUCGGCGAUUUGGUUUCUCAGACGGGCCUUGCAGCAGCCAUGAAGCCGGAUGUGGAAUACACAGCCCUGGCCCCACUCAACGGAGUCUUCACUGAUGAGGUGAUGACCAUGGACCAGCGCCUCCUGAAGGUCAUUCUGGAGAACCACAUCUUGAAGAAGAAGGUUACCCUGAGUCAGCUAUACAAUGGCCAGCUCCUGGAGACACUUGGGGGGAAGUUCUUGCGGGUGUUCAUCUACCGAACAUCUGUUUGCAUUGAGAAUGCCUGUAUGGUGAGAGGCAGUAAGGAAGGGAGUAACGGGGCCCUCCAUCUAAUGGCAACUCUGAUCAAACCAGCCAAGAUCAGCAUCUAUGAGUCCCUGAUCAACGACGGACGCUUCAAGAUUUUCCUGUCCCUGAUGGAAACUGCCGGUCUAACAGAACUUCUCCAUCAAGACGGAGGCUACACCGUGUUUGCCCCAACAGACGAUGCCUUCGAUGGCCUGACCAAGGAGGACUUUGCUCUGCUCAGCAGUGACCACAAUGUCCUAAGGACCAUCCUGCUCUACCACUUCAGUAAUGGUACAUUCAUCAAUGGUGGUCUGGAGAGGGGCGUCACCAACCUACUGAAGACUAUCCAGGGCAAGAACCUUCAAGUGUUGUCGGUUAAUAACAGCAUCCUGGUCAAUUCAAUCAAUGUACCUGACAAUGACCUCAUGGCGUCCAAUGGCGUGAUCCACAUCGUGAAGACCCUGCUCUACCCUGCGGACUUACCAGUUGGGAGAGAGGACUUACUACUGCUCCUGAAAAGACUCAUCAAGUACAUACAGAUUAAGUACGUGGCUGGAUACACAUACCAUGAGAUUCCCCUCACCUUCAUCAAGCAGAUUAGGAAAACGGUCACCACCCAGCGAAUCACAGGACAAGACAUAAUCAUAAAUAAAACAGUCACCACAAUUAUUGAAGGUGAGCCAACUAUCACUGAGAUUACCAAGAUCAUCAGUCAUGAUCCCUAUCUCACUGAGCCUAUCAGGGUUAUGAAAAGUGAACCAAUCAAGAAAGUCAUAAAGGUUACUGAAGGGUCUCCGUAUGUGAUCAGCAGCUCCGGUGGUGAGCUUGACAUGGAGGGAGAAAUCAAGAUUUGGCAAGAAGAGACUUCCGAUGGUAAGAAGCCCCUCCGCAGCAAUGUGCGCAUACUGGGGGAGGAAGAGAUCAAGCGAAUCACAGAGGGAGGUGAAACAGGGAUCAGCACACAUACCACCGUGAUUCGUGGAGAUCCUCACAUCAUCAAAGGGCCAGACUUCUCUAAGAUCACCAGUCCUGAGCUGUUUGAUGCAGAGUCAGAGAAAAUCACCAAAAUCAUCCAAGAGGGUGGAGUAGGGAAGCAAAUUGUCGCUAGAAGACCUGCUGCUAUCGUCAAGAGGAAAACAAGACUGGUCCGUCGUCACCGCAAGCCCAGGCAGUGAGCCGCUAUGGACCUGGGGGCUGCAUGAGGAACCUCUUAACCUGCAACAAGCUGUGACCCCCCCCAGCAGGCGCCUCAUGCUGUGCCAGGGCACAGAGAAAAGGGCGUGGACUCGAUGGAAACCUUUCGUCGACGCAAUAAAGUUCGAGUCUUUUGAACCUCAUCAUUCGGUUCAAAAGUCUGGACGCAGAAGAAUUACUUCGAUAGUGAAAAUAUUUAGAAUCGCCCAUAUAUGCGAUUCCAUGCGUAUUUGUGAUGAUUAUGAGAAACCAGUGAAGUCUGGCCUGCAGAUGUUAGAAAGGCUCCCAAGACUUUGUGUUCAUCGAAAGUGGGUAGGAACUACAUAUGAAAGGCUACGUCUGCAUGAUCUUCAACUUCAGGUGCUAUCAGUCUAAAGCCAGAAUGUGUAUAUUCUUGAUAGGAUUAAUGUUGCUUCAUCCUUGUUCCAACUCUUCCAUGUCAUCUCAUCAGUGAACUGAAUCCGUAAUGCUUACAGGUCUUAUAUUCUACCACGUGUGACUGUUUAUGUUUUUAAGUUCUGUAUGUGUGUUUCCUUCGUUGGUUCUCUAUUUGUCUCUCCUUCCCUCCACCAACCUGGAUAGGGAUACCGGAACCGUAAUUUUUGAAACUUGCUGGACAAACUGCUUUGAGUAUUCUGCAUUCCCGUACCUCUGUUUUUGAGAAUGAGUGCUCAAUAAAACAUUAUUGACGUA